UUUUUAUUGCAUAUAGUAUUUUUUUUAUGUUUUAAAUUAAAUAACGCGACUAAUGAUCAGCUGUACAACAUUCUUUUUUCGCUGAAAUGUCUGUACGAAAAGAUAUAAGAAUAACAAUAUUUCCCAAUAAACCUUUUCAAAAAUAUACAGAAACAAUUCUUAAUCAGAUUGAAACUUUUGAAAGAAAAAAUUUUCCAAAAAAUGAAGCCAUGGCUAUUAAAAAAGAAGUUUCUAAAAGAACCAAUACAUUAUUGAUUGCUUAUUACGAACAAGAUAUUCUAAAAGAGCAAAAUACUCAAAAAUUAAAGUCAACAAGUAAACUAAAUGGCAAUCAAGAAAAAGGAUCAAAUAAACCAAAUAAAGUUAUAACAAAAGAAAUCAUUUUAGUUGGAUACAUAAUAUAUUCAAAUAUUUCAUCCACGCAGAUGCCAGUAACAAGAAUAUUGAAAUUAUGUGUGCAUCAUUCUUUUAGAGGAAUUGGAUUAGGAGAAAAAUUGUUAAGGAGUGUAUUAGAAAGAAUGGAUGUACCUAAAAGAAGUAACGCUGAUUUACACGUUGAUGUUGAAAGGACAGUUGCAAUUAAUUUAUAUAAAAAAGUUGGGUUUAAUAUCAUUAAAAGAAUCGUAGAUUACUAUGAAGUUGGAAGAGAUGCUUGGUUAAUGGAAUUUAUUAAUUAAUAAUUCACCAUAAACAAAUAAACAAAUCUAUUCAAUUUUAUUUAUUUAUUUUUACAAUUAAUGGAAGUUCUAUUAUUAUUAAAACGUUAUAAUUUGGCUUUUGGAAUAGUAGCCAACACUCCGUCUAAUUUAGUAGCCAACAUCAUGUUACCCUUAAUCUUAAGUUUACCAGCCAUAAAAGCUUUUUGCCCUAUGAUGAUUUUAAAGUUAUUUUUGUAAACAGUAAAAACGAUUUAAAGGAGAACUUAAUUUACUUACCAUUAAGCUUCCCUGAAGCCAA